GUGGUGGAAAGGUUAAAAAGUCAUUCCGGAAAUUUACUGGGACCCUGAUUGGAUUAAGCGCAACAUAAGAGGACGCGGAAUUAGGUGAUUCGGCUUAUAUUACUUAAUCAAAGAGUUUCCAGAUGGGGCUGUUAGAUGAAGACAUUGCCUUCCACUCCAACAUACCUGUGCCACUGGAUAUUACCGUGGCUGUGGUCUACUCUGUUUUUGGAGUAUGCUCACUGUUUGGCAACAGCACGUUGCUGUACGUCUCCUACAAGAAAAAGCAUCUUCUGAAACCAGCCGAGUGCUUCAUCAUCAACCUAGCGGUUAGUGACUUGGGCCUGACUCUGUCCCUCUACCCCAUGGCGAUAACUUCAAGCUUCUACCACAGGUGGCUGUAUGGGAAAACAGUGUGCUCCAUGUACGCUUUUUGCGGCAUGUUGUUUGGCAUCUGCAGCCUGACCACUCUGACCCUGCUAAGCAUGGUGUGCUUUGUGAAAGUAUGUUAUCCGCUCUAUGGGAACAGGUUUAACUGCGUUCACGGCCGUCUGCUCAUCGCCUGUGCGUGGAUCUAUGCCUUGCUGUUUGCCUGCUCCCCGCUGGCCCACUGGGGGAAAUAUGGGCCAGAGCCUUAUGGCACUGCCUGUUGCAUUGACUGGCGCCUGUCCAAUCAGCACUCUACAGCACGCUCCUACACUGUGGCACUGUUCAUCUUCUGCUACAUCCUUCCAUGCUGUGUUAUUACAGCAUCCUACAUGGGCAUUCUGGUCACCGUGCAAGCAUCCCGCAAGAAUAUGGAGCAGCAUGCAUCGAGGCAGACACACAUGAGCAGCAUCCAAAGAAUUAUUGUUAAGCUAAGUGUUGCCGUCUGCAUCGGUUUCUUCGCGGCAUGGAGUCCAUAUGCUGUGGUGUCCAUGUGGGCUGCCUUUGGACACAUUGAGAACAUCCCUCCUCUGGCAUUUGCCUUGCCAGCUAUGUUUGCCAAGUCUUCCACCAUCUACAACCCAAUCAUCUACCUAAUGCUGAGGCCGAACAUCCGCAGGAUGAUGCGCAGGGACCUUGGCGCUCUAUGCCACACCUGUCUGAGGGGUUGCCUCUGGUCCCAGGGGCCAGCUAAGUGCUGCUCCAAGCCAGAGAUCAGGGUCAGACUUCGCUCAGUCCACAGACACAACAACCAGUUCCCUUCAUCCAACUCCUCUGCUCAACCUCCGAUGGCAGCAUCAAAGGACCACAGCUGUGAGAAGUGCAAGGAUGCUUUCGAAUGCUUCAGACACUACCCUCAGAUGUGCAGCAUCAUUAACCCUGCUAUCAAUGGAGACUCAUCCAAGGAUCAAGGCACUCCAGUUCCCCAAACAUAUAAGCAGAAGCCUCAGAGCGUGUGCCACAAGAAGUCUCUACUGGCCAUCAUGUGUGCAAAAAGGACAUCAGAAAUAGACAAUUUCCAUAUUAAUUUGGAAAUGGUUCCAGGGCAUGCAAAAGUGGCUUGGCCCUGAUAUUUCUCCAAAUUCACAAUGUUUACACAAUAUC